ACAUGCAUAAUAUUCCCUGUUUGGUUUCAAUCUAACAUGCGAAGGCUUGGUGAACCUACUUCUAGACAUUAAUGACAGUUUUAAUGCUGUGUGGUUGCCUGAGGAGCCAGAAAGUCUGACAACUCAGGAGGAAUGGAGCUGGAACUGAAUUCAAAUACAGAAAUAUUGGGAGAAGAAAGGGGACACAAAGCCUCUCAAGAGCAGUGGAGUACAAGAUAUAGGCACUAGCAUACUGGGAAUCUAAGAUAAACUGCAGCCACUAUUGAGACUACUAUUACUGGUCUGAGCAAAAGUGGAGAUCCUGCUGUGACCACUCAAGUGAACCGGCAGAGGAGUAGAAGCUGAGGCAAUAGAUAAUGAAUUACCUGUGGCCAGAUAAUGCAGGAGCCACUCAGAACAGAUGCAAAUGACUGGAGCCAUUUAUGAUGCUGAGAACUGAACAGGGUCUGAGUGAAUACCAAAGAAAUUUUCUGUGGAAGAAAUCACAUCUCUCAGAGUUAAGUAAUUCUCCGGAAAGUCAAAAAAGUCCAUGGGCUGGACUUCGAUCAGAUCAAAUAGGAAUCACGAAAGAACCAAGUUUUAUCUCAAAGAAAAGAGUUCCUUAUUAUGACCCAGAAAUUCCCAAAUACCUUGAGUGGAAGGCAGAAGAUGCCUCUGAGAAUGAGUUGGUUGUAUUGCCAGAACCUGAAGUCCCAGAGGUGCCCAAACUGCAGGAAACAAAAGAAAAAGAUGACCUGAAUGAAGAAAGAAUUUUAACCGCUGAGGCCCUUAGAGUGCCCAAGAGGGUUCGAUCUCAUUCUGCUGACUCUCGAGUUGCAGAAGCCAUUGACCCUGUGGAUAAUAACAAAGAAGCGAUUGCAGAUCCCACACCAGCAAACAGGAAUGCAGAACCACAAAAGCCUUCUCAAGGUCUUUCAGAAAAUGUCCAUGACCAGCAUUUGGACAGGAUUCUACGGAGGAAAGCAGGAUUGCCUGUUGUUGCUCCCAUAUAUCAUUCCCUCAGAAAUUCUGAAUAUCAAAGACAAUUUGUAUGGAAGACCCCGAAGGAGAACUCCCCAAUUCUUGCAGCUGAUCAGUUUCAGAGUAGUAAAAAAGAAAAUUCAUCAAAACAGAGGGAAGCAGAAAUGGAACCAAAAGACAAAAUUUCUUGCCAUAAAUAUCAAAGGAAAGCAAACACUGAAUAUAGAGCUAAAUUUUUGUCCCCAUCUCAGUAUUUAUACAGAGAUGGUGCUUGGAAACGGGUGAGGGAAAACACGCUAAAUCAGGGUUCUCAAAACACCCUAAAUUCCCUGUGGUAUGCUGAGGUUAAAGAACUUCGAGAGAAAGCUGAGUUUUAUAGGAAACGGGUACUUGGGACACAUUUUUCUCGGGAUCAUCUGAACCAGAUUCUCUCUGAAAACAAUUGCCUAUGGGAUGUCUCUUCUGUGUCCAGCUCAGAAGGAACUAUUAGUAACAACAUCAGAGCCCUAGAUCUUGCUGGAGAUCCUAUAGGUCAUAAGACAUUGCAGAGCCAUGAUUCCAAAAAAAAAGCAGAAGAAAGACCACCUUUGGCAACACAGUGCCAGAAAGAUACUACAGAAAAAUUGGGUGUGUCAGAUGCUCUCACCGUCCCUAUUAGAAGAAAACUGGCUUGGGAUGAAGGCAGCACUGGUGAUCAGAUACAUAACCAUGAAAGAAGAGUGGAAGAAGAGAAAAAUGUAAAUGCCAAGCAGGAUUGUAGAGAGGAGGCCAAGGAAUUAGAAGAAAGUGAUAGCGAUGCCAAGAGAGACAGGGUCCAAGCAGGAGAGACUGCUUCACCACCGAGUGCUUCAGCAUCAAAUGGGUCAGAUUCUUCUUCUGUGUCCUCAGGAAAAGGUGGCCGGCUCCCAACGCCAAAGCUGAAAGAACUUGGGGGACCCCCUAGGACUCAUCACGAUCUAACUACUCCUGCUGUUGGGGGUGCUGUUUUAGUGUCUCCAUCUAAAGUGAAGUCUUCAUUCCCAGAACAUAGGAGAAAAAAGUCUUCUCCAGAUUUCUUAGGAGAAACUUCAAAAAACGAAUCUAAUAGGAAAGAACUUGGGCCUAGACCCUUAUUGACUCCUCUAGCAGCUGGUUUGAAAACAGUGGAUCCCCUCCCUUUGAGAGAUGAGAUUGAAACCAGUAUUUCCAAAUCUGACGGGGCUCAUCCAGGACCAAAGCAUCCUGCGCAUUCCAUAAAAGUCCCUGUGCAGGGGACUACUCAGCCUCUCUGUGUUCCAUCAUACUGGAAUCCAUCUUGUCGCAUUCAGGGAUCUCUCAGGAAUGCAGAGUUCCAGCAUAAUGGAAACCUUGUGAACCCAAGAACAGGCCUUUACCAUUUACCUCACCAAGAAGUCAAUGAUGAAGAUGAUGACAGAUUGUCCCAGAUUUCUGCUCGAUCUGCAGCCUCUAGUCUGAUGGCUUCUCAAACUUUGGCACGUGCUCAGAAAAGGAAAGAGAAUUUUUGGGGCAAAAAAUAGUGAUCUUUAUGAAUGGCUCUUUCCAUUUUGGUGACUAUUGCUGUGAUUAUUUUUUUUUUCAUUCCAAGGUUUUUAAAGUAUUUGGGAUUCUUGUAUUUUGGGGGGAAGGAGAGGUUGGCUUUGUCUAGGGAUAUGAGUAACUAUAUUCUAAUAGCCAUUUCAGUUCAGUCAUUUUAAUUUUUUUUCUUUAUGUAGGCAAAUUGAAUUUUAAUUUUAAAUUAAUUGCCAUUUUAAUCUUACCUGAAAAGAUAUUAAUGGAUUUAUCUAGUCCUUCACAUGUUCUGAACUUAACUAUUUCUCAUCAAGCAUAGUUGGUAGAAUUAAGAAUGACAUCUGUUACCAAGAGUAUUCUGAAAAGUUAAACUGUGUAAAAACUAAGAACUAAGUUUGAAAUGUGUGGUUUUGUAGGAUUGGUUACUUAUGUUUAUAAAUUAAAGAUGUCAUAAGUUGAGUCUGUACCCACAAUGUUCACUUCUAGUUUUUUUUAUUUUUAAAAAAUGUUCUUCAGAAUAUAGUUACUCUUAGUAUGAUUAAAAUAAUUGUACUUAGGGUGAAAAUAUUAACUGUAUAUAUAUUUUUUAUCUUAUAUAAGAAAUUUGCUUGAAAUAUGUAUAUUUUUGGUCUCUUGUGUUUUCGAUUUGUAUGAGAGCUUUGUCUUACAUUUUAAUAAUGUUUGAAGGUGGAAAAGUUAUUUGUACAAUGAAGCAUUGAAACUUUUUAGACAUUUUCAAAUAAAAACGAUCAAGUGUG